GACAGGUGGCAGCAUCUACAUCCUGCAUGGCGGCGUGAAAGUACGGAAAAAGAAAACAUUUUUGAAAAACACCGAAAUAAACCAAAAGCAUGCCGUACGCUAACCAGCCGACAGUGGCCAUAACACAAUUAACUAACGAGAAUAUAAAAUUUGUUGUCGAAGACACAGAUUUGAGUGUUGCCAAUGCAUUAAGAAGAGUUUGUCAUGCAGAGGUGUCUACAAUAGCUAUAGACUGGGUACAGAUUGAAGCUAAUUCUACAGUGUUAUUUGAUGAAUUUAUCGCUCACAGAUUGGGAUUGAUCCCUCUUACUAGUGAUGAGGUCGUUGACAAACUUCAAAAUGCUCGGGAUUGCACAUGCGAAGAAUUUUGUCCGGAUUGUUCAGUUGAGUUUACUUUAGAUGUAAAAUGUAUGGAUGACCAAACACGCCAUGUUACCAGUGCUGAUUUAAUUUCCAGUAAUCCUAAAGUCAUUCCAGUGACGUCCAAACAUCGUGAAGAUGCCAGUGAAUUUGAAGAAACUGAUGAUAUAUUGGUAGCUAAAUUAAGAAAAGGUCAAGAAUUGAAAAUCAGAGCGUUUGCUAGAAAGGGUUUUGCUAAAGAACAUGCGAAGUGGAAUCCUACCUCAGGGGUAGCGUUUGAAUAUGAUCCUGACAACGCUUUACGACACACAACUUAUCCUAAACCAGAGGAAUGGCCUAAAAGUGAACACUCUGAAUUAUUGAACGAAGAAGACACAUAUGAAGCACCAUUUGUUCCUGGUCAAAAAGCCAACAAAUUUUUCUACAAUGUUGAAUCAUGUGGCUCGUUAAAACCAGAAAAUAUUUUAUACUCUGCGUUAUCCACGUUAAAAAAGAAAUUGAGUGAUCUACAGACACAGCUCAGUCACGAAAUACAGAAUGACGCUUUAACAAUCUGAUUGGUUUUGAGUUUUUCAUUUUCUUCAUAAGAAUCAUCUGUCAUUGUUUUAGGACAAGAAAAGGACAUAAAUUAAUUGUGAAUGAAAAGAUUAACAUUUUGAGAAUUUUAUUUUCAUUCAAGUCAUUAUUUUCGGACAAGAAAGAACAUAACUUCCAUCAUAAAUUGAAAGAUCAACAUUAGAAGCAAAGCUCAAUCAUGAAAUUCCUUUUCCAUCAAAUUGUUUCAUCUUUCAUCACUUGUAGAGGAUGUGAAUUAGUCAUAAAUUGAAAUCUACCAACAUGGUGGAAUUGAAAGGUUAUCAAACACAGCCGCGAAAUACCUAAGGAUUCCUUUUGAUCUGAUUUUAUUUGCCAGUUGAAUGUUUCGGUAUCAUUAUUGUAGAGCAAAAAGGAAAUAUAAUCAUAAAUAUUUGAUUUAAUAUAGAUUUGAAAAAAUCAGCAAUUUUUAAUGGCCUGUUUUGCUGAUCAGAAAAGUGUUAGUCUCUCAAUCCAGUGACACAUUCAUGAGAAACUUUAGAAACGGCUGUUUUCAUCGUGUAGAUAUACCUAAAUUAUAUUUCAUUUAUAUUAUAUCAUUAUUUCAUUUGAUAAAAUAAAUCAACAUUUCAAAAACUAGCA